AUGUUGACAAUUUUGACAUUCUCCGCCUUAGGCUGCGAUAGUGGGAAAUACGACAGGCGGGGGGCCGCGGGUGCCUUCACUUCUGGACCCUCUACCUUACGGCUAAAAGGCUAAGACGUGUGUAAGAGAACGAAACUAUUUGAGUCGACCACAGCUGGUCGUUGAGGUCCGCUGCUCCUCCAUCUUGGGUAAUAUUUGCACAUCAUCUUACCUAUUGAUGACAACGACGGACGACGGGGUCGCGAGAUAUUAAGUAUGUUGUAUCAUCGUCCCUCUUCUAAUAGCAACACUCACUGCGCUUUUCAGUGCAGGUUGGACGCUCUUGUUGGCACCUUUACCGUUCGUCUCCUUGCCCGGUGUAUCCGCGUAUGACGCUGUGGAGGGAAGCGCACGCGGGGACGCGCUGAGUAAUCUUUACUCAUUUUUUGUAGUUGUACCAAGGGAAUAGACAUGGUGUAGCUGCUUCUUGCUGCGAUUCGCUCAUGUAAGUAGUUUUUUUUGUGUGUGAUUAGCCAGACGUGCAGUACAUGCCAAUAUGUGUAGGAUCAUAGUCUCGACCUUCGGUAUUUCUACACUUCUGCUGCUGCAUCGUGAUCAUGCUUGUUUAUCCACGAAACACCAGAUGAGGCCGUUCGGGAGGGAGUAGAGCGUGACGGGAACAGUCACAGUGACUGUGCUGGCAAGCUGGGCGACGACACUUUUUGUCUCAAGUUACGGCCAUCUUUUACAGCAUCUUUUAGCCAUUUGCCACUUGAAAAAAGCUAAAAGGUGGCCAAAAAGCUGUGCUCUUGGUGCCUCUAAUCAGGAAGGCAUCGUCCGACGUGGGGCAAUCAGAGUGCCAGCAGCAAGCACAGGAAACGGAAGCGCUUCAGAGACGACAUCACAAAGAAGGUUACGAACUUCUGCAAAGACAUCAAAACGAAAUGAACGAGCUACUCCAAAAGCAUCACGCGUCUGCGGCUCGCUGCGCGCAGCGAGAAUCAAGCGCUGCAGGAUAUGAGCAAGCGAAGGAAGCGUCACCAGCAUCAGCUGAAAACGGUGUGCGAGGUGAAAACAGUAUUAUAGAUGUAGAUGGAGGUUCAGUUUCAGCCCCAGGAGCAAGAGCAACUACAGUGACACGAAGUGCCCAGCUGCAGGGCCAGGGACAGCACAAGACGAAGGAAGAAGAAGCUGCAGGUUUGGUGAAGGAUCUAGCGAAAACUCCUCGGAUGCCUGAGCAGGCAGUUAAUAGUAUAGAAACGUGUCGUUCGGGGCUACAGCAGUGUCAUGCCUAUCUAGGUCAGCAACAAGAACAUCUGACAAGAAUAGAAGCGCAACGGCGCUUAGCAAGGUCAGUGAGAUUUUUGCAGGGUUCAUUUGACGCGGGUUUUCUGCCCUUACUGCCGAAGACUCGUCAACAACUAGCAGAAAAAAGACUAGAUGAAGUAGAAAAAACAGUGCAGGCAUACUUCUACGAGGAUUAUCCUGGGAAACCCCCGUUCUUUCCUGCUGUCUACACCAUCCGUCUCCAACAGCCUAAUCAGUAUCCCAGCUGGAUAUAUGAUAUUACGAAUACGGGAGACCGCUCCUCGAAGAAACAGAUGCACUUAGAAAGCGAUCCGUUGUCCGUCAAGAACCAACUAACUGUCCUACAGGAAGAUGGAGGAGAUCUUCUUCACAAAAUUUUUGCGAAAAUGUGCCGUCACAAGUACGUACUAGCAAAGGAAUUCGAAAUCAUAAAACAACGCAGCGGUAGCAGCAAUUCGCUACGCAGCGGUAGCAGCAAUUCGCUACUGCCCGCUCAAACGAUAUCUUAAGGCCUUAGCUAAUCCAUCUUUGGCAGCAUCCCGGAAACGUAUGGGGGAGUAUCACAAGGGAAUGCUCUCCCAUACUUUUCAAGGAUGCCCUUGGGAGAUGAAUUGCGGACAGUUCUAAACACAGGGCAUUGAGAACACUUGGAAGAAGGCGCUCGGCAUCGAGACCGACUCGAGUCAACGCUUCUCAAUUAUCGAGUUGGACGACGGAGUAGCUGCAGAAGGUGCGCAGGAGUUCGAGAAGACAAUUCGCGGUGACGAUGUGAGUUCAGCCACCAACGAGGAGGAGGAGAAGAAAUUCAGAGUAGAUUUGUAUUACAAGCGGACGGAGGCAAGUCCUGUUGAUGUCAAUGGCGUAAUCGAAGAGUUGCUGAAAGACCUUUUGGCUGUCCACAGUGAACAAGUCAAGUUCGAAGCAGUGUGUACAACAACAAUAGAACAAGAACUCAUGAAGUCCCUGUUCAAAAAACCAGUGCUCGAAGGAAAUGAACCAGUGCCGUUGCCGUAUCGAAUAAUCAACAUCAAGUUUGUGCGAGCGCAAAGGGGGGACGUCGAAGUUGCAGCCGCAGGCGAAGCGGAUACGACACUACUAGAAGUGACACAAGCAUCAUGACGUGGCUAAUUACUACUACAAUUUCCUCACGGAGAGGAAGGAGAUGUGAUAUAUCACCUUGUGUCAUGAAAAAGCCACCAAUUUUGUUUAGAAUGAAGAAGCAGACACAACCUCAAUCGUCAGUUUUGAAACACUAUCUAUGCAUUAUUUUUGAAUUAUGUUUUUGUGAAUUGUGACACCUCGACUCAUGACGACCACGUCUGGUUCCAACUAAUUUUUCAAUGUCCUGUACAACAAAGUCAGCACAACUAGUGGUCCAGUUACUGCCAAAGGAAACACCAAGGGUCAAUCAAGAGCGAUCUAGUUCGAGUUUCUCUACCAACGCUAUUCAUCAGUCUGUCUGGUUCA